AAAGAGAGGAGGGACAUGAAGGUCUACACCAGCUGGCUGUUCCAGUACAGGAGGUCCUACAUGAAAGUGCUUUCCAGCAGCACUGGUGCCUAGGAGCUGUCCAUUUCAGCACCACGUCCCCAGCUCAGCAGAGGCAAAGGCAAUAGACAGUCUACAGCUGUAGCAUCACUUCCAUGCAGCAGCCCACCCUACACAGCAAGCCUGCCUCCCUCCCAGGACAUCUAAGUGGGGGCCUCAGAGUGAUCUUCAGCUGUAGAACCAUGGAUUGCAAAACCCGCAGUCCGUCUCAAGCCAAACCUUACAGCAUCCAGAGGAGACUUGUGGUGUAAUCAACAGCAGGGGAGGAAUCCCACACUUUACCAGAGACACAGACACACACACACGCCAGACACCAGAAGAAGGGAAGAAGAGAAAUAUCUUUCAACAGCAAGAAAAAAAAAGGAAAAAAUAUUUUUUUCCCUUUACAUGGCGCAGGCUGCAGAUGAAAAUAAGGAAAGCAGACCCUGCAUUCCUAACCCUAUAAUCUCCCCCUGCCUUGGUCCAGAUGCUGAAGGUUGGUGAUGAAAAUACUGCAUUUUUAUUCCUGCAGAAAAGAGCUACACAAUUAGCCAUCACUUAUGGAAACUGAAGAUCAGAAUUUUAGGAAAAGGGAUUAGAGCGAUUAUACCAUAUCUGUGUGUUAGCACUGCUGGUUCCCUGUGUGCUUGUGUCUGUCUGCACUAUUUAUUUUCUUUUCUUUUUUUUUUUUUUUUUUUUUUGCAAACCUGCAUUUGGACAUGAUCUGAUAGACAACGAGCUAUCCAUCAACAAGCCUUCCAGCUUUACUUUUGGUAUAUAUGUCUUUGGAUACCUCAUCUUUUUGGGCAACGUCCAGCAUUAUUGCUAGCUAGAAAUCCCUUACCUACCCUUAUCUUUAGCUCCUGUCACCCCCAAAACCAGAAGACUGUUGGAUGUCUAUAGAAUGAAGAAUUAUGGGUCUGUUUGAUAGAGGUGUUCAGAUGCUCUUAACCACUGUGGGAGCAUUUGCUGCAUUCAGUUUAAUGACAAUUGCUGUGGGCACAGACUACUGGUUAUACUCUAGAGGGGUCUGCAAGAGCAAAUCUAUAAGUGAAAACGAAACCAGCAAAAAGAAUGAAGAAGUCAUGACCCAUUCUGGAUUGUGGAGAACAUGUUGCCUUGAAGGUAAUUUUAAAGGCAUGUGCAAACAGAUUGAUCACUUUCCAGAGGAUGCAGAUUAUGAAGCAGACACUGCUGAAUAUUUCCUCCGAGCUGUGAGGGCUUCCAGUAUAUUCCCUAUCCUCAGUGUGAUCCUGCUCUUCAUGGGAGGGCUUUGCAUUGCAGCCAGCGAGUUCUACAAAACCCGACACAAUAUCAUAUUAAGCGCUGGCAUCUUCUUUGUGUCUGCAGGCCUGAGCAACAUCAUCGGGAUCAUUGUCUACAUAUCAGCCAAUGCAGGUGACCCUUCCAAAAGCGACUCAAAGAAGAACAGCUACUCAUAUGGCUGGUCCUUUUACUUUGGGGCCCUUUCCUUCAUUAUUGCCGAAAUGGUGGGGGUGCUUGCUGUUCAUAUGUUCAUUGACCGCCACAAACAGCUGAGGGCCACAGCACGGGCCACAGACUACCUCCAGUCCUCUGCAAUCACUCGCAUUCCAAGCUAUCGCUACCGUUAUCAGAGGCGCAGCCGAUCCAGCUCUCGGUCUACGGAGCCAUCCCACUCCCGAGAUGCCUCUCCUGUGGGCCUCAAGGGCUUCAACACCCUCCCCUCCACCGAGAUCUCCAUGUAUACGCUGAGCCGCGACCCUCUCAAGUCGGCCGGUACCCCAACGGCCACUUAUAACUCGGAUAACAGCUUCCUCCAAGUUCAUAACUGUAUACCCAAAGAUAAUAAGGACUCUGCGCACACCAACACAGCCAAUCGCAGGACCACCCCAGUAUGAAACAGGAUGGAGGAAGACAAGAAAGACACAGAGGGAUAGAACAAAGGGGGUCUGAAAGCUAAAGUAGUGUGGUCCAGAACAAGGGAUCUGUGUAUCAAGCUUUUGGCUGUAUAAUAAACUUAAGAAAUUACCCCUUUUGGUUCUAAACUAAGUUCCAAAACUGGUCCUUUUAGUUAUGAUUCUAACGCAAAAACUAAAAAACAAAACAUAUCAAAUUAUCUUUUGGUUUUAAAAAUUACAACAAAAACUCUUCUUAAAAGUGGACCUAACUCAAGCUGAAACAGCAGCAGACUCUAGUACCCCAAACCCUCAGGAUAACUUUGUUCACAGAAAGCCCCACGCUCUCAGCACUGUGGGUUAUAAUUUUACUUAUAUAGAUAUGGACUACACAUUUUCACAGAAUAUAUGGGUUUAAAACCAAGAACCAGAACUACUAAAGUGCAUCAAGCUAACUCAAAAACUUGAAGUCAGUGGAAAAUGAAACCAAUAUGCUUCUUCCAGCUGAGCUGGAUUAAAGUGAAUUGUACAAGGCCAUUAGACAGAGUCUGAUACACAGAUCCAUAUGUGUAAAAGACAGUGCUCAUCCUUUUGAAAAUAUCCUUAAAAUGUUUACAGGUGUUUCCGCUUUGCAGUAGUACGCAAAUCCACAUCUUGACUAAUGUUCCACAUGGUCUUUAUAGGGUCUGUCUGAAAUCUGAAACAGACUGCUAAGAAGUGACAUUUAUUUUGAGUCUAUAGAACCAGUCUGGAAUCACCUGAAAUCUAGAAAUAUACUUAGAUAAUAUAUAUGUAUUGUGAAACACCAUGAUUUGGAAACAAAUUGAGGUUGUUCCAAACAUCUGCCAUUAACGCUAGUAUAUAACAUUUUGAGGUCACAUUUUACUGAGGAUGCAGACUGUCUCAAUAACAGCCUUGCUUGUAUGGGGUGAGUGAACUAUUUUAGAUUAUAUCCCAACCAUGGGGACAAAAAUCCCCCCCCCUUCCCCCCCAAUGUGUUGUACUUUUCAAUGAUAGGGGGUAUAAUUGUUGAAACAUUACUGUUAAAGAUACAUUAUAUAAUUCAGCAUAUUAAGUAUUGGGAACAUGAUAAAGUGUAGUGAUACAUAGGUAUUUCAUACAAUUUCUUAUUUUCCAUGCAAUAAAAAAUAUUAUGCCCUGUACAAGCAAUCUGUACCAUUUAACCCUUUCAUUAUACUCAACUUGUGACAGUGAAAGGGUUAAAUAGGGAAGUGACGGUGAAGUGCAAAAGACAGAAAGGGCUAGAGACCCAAACUGAACAAGAACAAGCAAGUACAGAGAACAAAGUACUGAAACAAACAAGCGAUGGGGAAAAAAAAAACAGAUUUCUUAAAAAAAAAGACAAAAAAAAAUCAAAACACAUCAAAGAAAUUCCCGAAAAAGGAUAGAAUGAACCAAACGAAGAAAAAAAAAUGCAUGAAUCCCUCUAUGUACCCGUUCAUUUUAUCGAUUCAUUUAAAUAACAAAAAAAAUCAAAGCAAAAGGACGAGAAUAUUGGGGCUAAAAAUGCGGGAGGGGGGUAAGAAAAAAACAUAAAUGGGAAGAGAUUUUCAGGAACAAA